GGAGUCGAGCUAAACUUCUUUAUUGUGCAAUAGACGGAAUAUUUAAUUACACUUAGCUAGAGUAUAUAGAAAGUCUUUAACAAAUAUCUUCAAGACAGCGAUGAGUGUUGACCUGCGGGGUUUGACAAAGUUUGCCUAAACAGAGGCGCUAGCUUGGAUGUCAUGGAUGUGCAGCUCAGAUUUACACGUUUCUCAUGUCGCUUUUGUAAAAGCAACAUGUACCGUGUGGAGAGACAGAAACUGGGCUAUUGUCACUGUCUAUUGUCCCCGCUGGUUGGCCACUGGACCGUGGCUUGUUAUACUCUAUAGAAACUCUGAUAGUUCAGUGGUCCGGACAGAUAUGGCAUAUCCUGAAGAAAGACUCUGGUAUGGUUCUGCUCCAUGGGGACCACCCAGGCCCCAACAUGGAGCUCCAGUUUUGGACCACUCAGAGAGAGAACCUGCUGGGCAUCCACUCGCAAAUCCAGAGCCCCAAAGUGGAGCAGAUCAUGGAGAUCCUGAGACGAGUCAAGAGCAGUUACUACUCCUCCUUUAAGGAUGUCUGCCUCAAAGUCAAUGAGGCGGUGCUGGAAGCAGAGGACAUAGAUCUGUAUCUACGCCCUCUGAGGAGACUGAUCAGCAACUUAGAAGAGAGGAGUUUCCCUCAAGUAGACGCUCUGCUGCCCCCUCUCUUCCACACACUCUGUCUCAUCUGGAGCAGUUCACAGUACUACUGCACUCCACAACGCAUUGUGGUCCUCCUGCAGGAGUUCUGUAACCUGAUCAUUGAAAAGGCCUUUUCCUACCUUAUCCCAGAGGAACUGUUUAAGAUGGAGCUUGAGGAAGGGGUGGAGAGAGUCCAUAUAACCAUCUCAGUUCUGCGCAACUUCAAGCAGUUGUUUCACACUCACCGCCAGCAGAUUCCCAAGUACUACAGACCAAGCCAGACCAUUAAGCUGUGGGACUUUCCGGCUACACUUGUGUUCCAGCAUUCAGACCGCAUCAUGGAAAGGCUGCUCAUGAUCCAGGAACUUUUUGCAACAGCGCUGGACUUUCUGAAGCUGGAGAAGGUUGAACUGGGUGGAUCCAGAGGGAAAGUCCUCAGUGAGAUGGUCCUCAGCAUGAGCGAAGAGUUUCAUGACCGCUGGCGGGCCCUCAGAGAGAGCAAAUAUGACCCCCUGGACUAUACUAACAAUGAUUUUGUGCAUCACUACAGGCACUUCAUGGAGCAGAACAGAGAUUUUGACCAGAGGCUUGGGACUGUCCUUAAUUUGGCUUUCCAGCACUCCAGAAAUCUGAAGUCCACCUUUAAGUUGUUAAAGAUUUUCGGUACCCUGCUUGAGAGACCCAGGAUCCAUCAGCUGUUUUCUCCUAACUACAGCAUGUUGUUGACCAUGUUCAACCAGGAAAUAGACAACUGUCAGUUUGUACUUGACCAACACAGAGAUGGGCUGCAGUCAGGCUGUGCAGUCCUGGGGAAAAAUAUGCCAUCAGUGGCUGGCAACCUCAAAUGGUCACAGGAGCUUCGGAAUCGCAUCCUCACCAAAAGGAGUAAUCUCUUCCAGCUGGCCCAUAUGCCUCUAGGGUGUGCUGAAGCGGAUGAUGUCCUCCAGAAGUGUGAGCAUGUUCUGGAGGUUCUUGAUCAGCAUGAUGAGGAGCUGUUCUCAGAGUGGACUGAGGGUUUGGAGGAAAUCUGUCAAACCCACCUGAAGGAACCACUGCUCACACUGGACACUGACAAACGCCUGUUCCAGGUCAACUUCAGUCCUGCUUUGACAUCAGUGCUAAGGGAGGUGAAGUAUCUGGGUAUGUUGAAGAACCAAAACAUUCCUAAAGCAGCUCUCCAUCUCUACGCCAAACGGGAGAGACUCUACAUGUACACACAGACACUGACCUUGGUGACCCAGUGGUACAACCAGCUCCAAAGUACCAUCCUGGCUGUAGAGCUUGGACUGGUGAAAGAUGAGAUGGAUGAGACAAGACGACAGCUAGAUCCAGCCCUUCAGGAGCUUACCUGGGCUCAGGAUGACCUAUGGGACUACAUUCAGAGCACACGAGACAUGGUCAAGAGCAUCUCUAGUCGUGUCCAGAAGAGCAAGGCUAAUGUGGAGGCUAUCCACGCCCUUAUGGGCAAAUUCAGCCACCGGGCCUUCAUCACCAGAAAGAGCCGUGGUUCUGCUCUCCUCAUCUUCUCUGACAUUGAAGAGAGUGUUUCCAAACAGCAUGCUCUCAUCACCACUACAGGGGAGCAGAUACACAAACUUCUGCAGGAGAACCAGUCUCUGUUCGGUGUGACAGACCUGGAAAGCAGUGAGUGGCAGGCCUACACAGACUAUGUGGAUCGGAUGAUCCUGGCAGGCUUCUCCAGUGCAGUACGCUGCUCACUGCAGUACUUCAUGGACAACACAGACGCAACCCAGCGUAUUACACCACUGUUUGAGGUCCAGCUGGUACUCAACAGCAGUGAGAUGACCUUUCACCCCUCAUUGGAUUUCAGCCACAGUGGUAACUUUUAUGAUAUUAUGGACAAGAUGGUGGCCAACAUCACGAAAAUGGCGUCCUUCAUUCCCAGAGUGUCAAAUCAUAAACAGCUGGAUAACUAUCAGUGUGACAUAAAUGAAAUGGAGGAUUUGUCAGAGAUGUGCCAUGUAAUCCGCUCACGGGCACGUGCAGCUAUCGCUAAAGUCAAGGAAUACCAGGGAUCGUUUGCCAGCUACCGCUACCUCUGGACUGAUGACAGGUCUGAAUUCAUGAGGCAGUUUCUACUUUAUGGCCAUGUGUUAAGUACAGAAGAAGCUGAGCUGUAUGCCGACUAUGAACUAAAAAAGAACCCACCCACCCUGGAAAACUUCAAAGAGCAGAUCAACCUGUUUGAGUCUCUGUAUUUACGAGUGAGCAAGCUGGAGGACAGGAGGGCGUUUAGUGGCUGGCUGCAGCUAGACAUCAGACCCUUCAAGCACACACUGAUGAAUGUCAUCAAGAGGUGGAGCUGGAUGUUCAAAGAGCACCUGCUGAACCACGUGAACCAGAGCGUUAGGGAAUUAUCCUCUUUUGUCCAGGACACAGCCCACGGUCUUUCUAACAAGGUGUCAGAUGGCGACUAUGUAGGUCUUGUGAACAUCAUGGGACACCUCAUGGCCAUACGAGACAGGCAGAUCAGCAAUGAACAGCACUUUAAACCUCUCAAGUCUACUGCUGAACUCCUCAAGACCUACGGGCAGCAACUGCCUGAGAGCGUCUACACACAGCUAGAAGAGCUGCCGGAGAAGUGGAAGAGUCUCAGGAAAAUUGCCUUCACAGUCAAACAUGAAGUGGCACCUCUACAGUCAAAUGAAGUUUCAGUCAUACGCAGGAAGUGUGUCCAGUUUGAGGUGAAACAGCAGGAGUUCAGAGAACAGUUUCGUACUGAACCUAUCUUUAAGGUCAGUGUGGAGGAGCCAUAUAAACUAAUUGAUAAGUCUAAUCGAGCAGUAGCAAUGAUGGAGGCGGAAAUGAAGAAACUUCAGGACACGGCUGAUCUAUUUGAGGUCAGCUUCCCAGACUACAAGCAGCUGCGCCAGUGUCGCUCUGACAUCAUAUUGGUCAAAGCAGUCUGGGACAUGGUUAUCUUUGUCAAGAACAGUAUAGAGGAUUGGACCAAGACUCCAUGGAAAGAGAUCAAUGUUGAGCAGAUGGACAUGGAGCUCAGACGAUUCGCCAAAGAGAUGAAGAUGCUGGAUAAGGAGGUGCGGUUGUGGGACGUCUACAUGGGUCUAGAGUCGACUGUGAAGAACCUGUUGACAUCUCUGAGAGCUGUCAACGAGCUGCAAAACUCUGCUGUCAGAGAAAGACACUGGCAACAGCUUAUGAACACCACCAGGGUCAGGUUUGUAAUGGGGGAGGGCACCACCCUGGGGGACCUUUUGGAAUUACAGCUUCACCGUGUGGAGGAUGAGGUCAAAAACAUAGUGGACAAGGCUGUGAAGGAAAUGGCCAUAGAGAAGGUUUUGGCAGAAAUAACCAAGACAUGGAGUGUUAUGUCAUUGUCAUACGAGAGUCAUAACAGCACAGGAAUCCCUCUGCUCAAAGCAGAUGAGAAUCUGAUAGAGACACUGGAGGACAACCAGGUACAACUGCAGAACAUCUUAAUGAGUAAGUAUGUAGAGUAUUUCCAAGUAGAGGUGAGUGGAUGGCAGAAGAAGCUGUUGGUGGCUGACCUGGUCAUCUCCUCUUGGAUGUCGGUCCAGAGGACCUGGGCCCAUCUAAACAGCAUCUUCACCAACAGCCACGAUAUCCGCUGCCAGCUGGCCAAUGACGCAGAGCGCUACCAGGGAAUACAUACUGACUUCAAGGGCUUGAUGACCAAAGUGGUGCAGAACAGUAACGUGGUAGAGGUGACUAACCAGCCUGGCUUCCUGGAGAACCUGGAGACUUUGCAACAGAGGCUCUCUGUGUGUGAGAAGGCCCUGGCCGAGUACCUGGAGACCAAGAGGCUCAUAUUCCCCAGAUUUUACUUUGUCUCCGCGUCAGACCUGCUGGAGAUUGUCUCUAAGGGAACACAGCCAAAACAGGUGACCAGACACCUGCUGAAGCUGUUUGACAACAUAGCAGAUCUUCGCUUCAAGAACUCAGACAGAAAUGGAGGACAAGAGGAGGAUGAGGAGGCAGUUGCUAUAGGGAUGUACAGCCGAGAGGGAGAAUAUGUUCCAUUCUCUGAGCCGUGUGUCUGUGAAGGACAGGCAGAGUGUUGGUUAAGUGCCUUGGAGAGCACCAUGCGCUGUACAGUCCGGAAGGAGAUCCAAGAGGCCGUAGCUGCCUAUGAAGACAAACCACGAGACCAGUGGCUCUUUGACUACCCUGCACAGGUAGGGUUGACUGGUAGUCAGGUGUGGUGGGCCACGGAUGUGGGCAUUGCCUUCGAGAGGGUGGAGGAGGGAUUUGAGACAGCCCUCAAAGACUACAACAGAAAACAGAUUACACAGCUGAACUCGCUUAUUCAUAUGCUGCUCGGAGAUUUAACUCCUGGAGACAGACAGAAAAUUAUGACUGUCUGUACUAUUGACGUCCACGCUCGAGACGUGGUCGCCAAUCUCAUAACUCAGAAGGUGACAGCUGGACAGGCAUUUGCAUGGCUGUCCCAGUUACGCCAUCGCUGGGAUGAUGAAACCAGACACUGUUACGUUAACAUCUGUGAUGCCCAGUUCCAGUUUAGCUACGAAUACCUGGGGAACACUAACAGACUGGUCAUCACUCCACUCACUGACAGGUGUUACAUAACCUUGACCCAGUCCCUCCAUCUGACUAUGAGUGGUGCCCCCUCAGGCCCAGCUGGUACUGGUAAGACUGAGACUACUAAGGACCUUGGACGCUCCCUGGGUAUCAUGGUUUAUGUUUUCAACUGCUCAGAACAGAUGGAUUACAAGUCCAUAGGUAACAUUUAUAAGGGUCUGGCUCAGACAGGAGUUUGGGGAUGCUUUGAUGAGUUUAACAGGAUCUCAGUGGAAGUGCUGUCUGUGGUAGCUGUGCAGGUCAAAACUAUACAGGAUGCUGUACGCAACAAGAAGCAAAGGUUUCAUUUCCUGGGAGAGGAGAUUGAGCUGAAGCCCACAGUGGGAAUCUUCAUCACCCUGAACCCUGGUUAUGCUGGCAGGGCUGAGCUCCCGGAGAACCUCAAGGCUUUAUUCAGGCCCUGUGCCAUGGUGAUCCCAGACUUUGAGCUGAUCUGUGAGAUCAUGUUGGUUGCAGAAGGAUUCAUAGAAGCUCGUCUGCUGGCACGCAAAUUCAUCAGCCUCUACACACUUUGUAAAGAGUUGCUGUCCAAACAAGAUCAUUAUGAUUGGGGAUUAAGGGCCAUCAAAUCAGUCCUGGUUGUGGCAGGAUCCCUAAAAAGAGAGGAUCGUAGCAGGCCUGAAGAGCAGGUGCUGAUGCGGGCGCUGAGGGACUUCAACCUGCCUAAGAUAGUGACCAGUGAUGUUCCCAUAUUCCUCGGGCUGAUCAGUGACCUGUUUCCUCAGCUGGACGUGCCCAGGAAGAGAGACCCUGAGCUGGAGAACGCUGUUCGCCAGUCAGUCAGUGAACUGCGUCUGCAGCCUGAGGAGAACUUUAUACUUAAGGUCACCCAGCUAGAGGAGCUGCUGGCUGUCAGACACUCUGUGUUUGUAGUAGGCGGACCAGGGACUGGAAAGAGCCAGAUCUUGAAGACUCUCCACAGAACCUAUGCAAACAUGAAGAUGAAGCCUGUAUGGAGUGAUAUCAACCCUAAAGCUGUGACUACCGAUGAGUUGUUUGGAUACCUGCACCCUGCUACCAGAGAGUGGAAAGAUGGUCUGUUCUCCUCUACAAUGAGAGAGCUGACCUCAGUGGGCCAUGAUGGACCCAAAUGGAUUGUUCUGGAUGGAGAUAUUGACCCUAUGUGGAUUGAGUCACUCAACACAGUUAUGGAUGACAACAAGGUACUGACUCUUGCCAGUAACGAGAGGAUCAGUUUGUCCUCCUCCAUGCGUCUGCUGUUUGAGGUCUCUCAUCUGAAGGCAGCUACUCCAGCUACUGUGUCCAGAGCAGGAAUACUCUAUGUCAACCCACAGGACCUUGGCUGGAGCUCUUAUGUGACAAGCUGGAUAGACACCCGAGAGGCCCAAUCAGAACGAGCCAACCUCACCAUUCUCUUUGAUAAGUAUGUGCCAUACUGCCUGGAACAAGUCCGCUGCAACCUGAAAACCAUCACUCCCAUACCAGAAAACAGCAUGGUGCAGACACUGUGUUCCUUGUUGGAUUGCCUGUUGACAGAGAACAACACUCCAGCUGACUCUCCCCGAGAACUCUAUGAAAUCUACUUUGUCUUUGCAUGUGUCUGGGCCUUUGGCGGGGCUCUCUUCCAGGAUCAUCUGAAUGACUACCGUGCCGAAUUCAGCCGCUGGUGGUCUAAAGAGAUGCGAGCUGUGAAGUUUCCUUCCCAGGGUACCGUCUUUGACUAUUUCAUAGACUCUGAGACUAAAAGGUUUACUCCCUGGAGCGAGAAGAUGUUGCCAUUUGAGCUGGAACCUGAUGUACCAUUACAGAUGGUGCUGGUCCACACCCCAGAAACUAUUUGUCUUACCUACUUCAUUGACCUGCUGCUCCAGAGAGGCAAACCUAUCAUGUUAGUGGGCAAUGCAGGAGUGGGCAAGACCAUCCUGGUGUCUGAUAAAGUCGCCAAGUUGAAGGAGGACUACAUGGUGGCCAAAGUCCCAUUCAACUACUACACCACAUCAGCCAUGCUGCAGCGUGUCCUAGAGAAACCCCUGGAGAAGAAAGCUGGUCGUAAAUUUGGUCCUCCUACCGGCAAGAGACUCAUCUACUUCAUAGAUGACCUUAACAUGCCUGAGGUGGACGUUUAUGGGACCGUUCAGCCACACACACUCAUACGCCAGCACCUUGACUACAACCAUUGGUAUGACAGACAACGGCUGGCACUGAAGGAAAUACAUAACUGCCAGUAUAUUACCUGUAUGAACCCGACCGCUGGAAGCUUCUCUAUCAACCCCAGACUACAGAGACAUUUCUCAGUGUUUGCUGUACAUUUCCCGAGUGCUGAUGCAUUAGCUACCAUCUUCUCCAGCAUCCUGUCAGCUCACUUCCUUCAUGGAGGAUUCAGCUACGGCGUCUCUCGCUCAGUCGGAACUCUCAUACAGGCAGCUAUUUGUCUGCACCAGAAAAUCAGUCAGAACUUCCUUCCCACGGCCAUACGCUUCCAUUACAUCUUCAACCUGCGAGACCUCUCCAACAUCUUCCAGGGCAUCCUGUUUGCCCUGCCGGAGUGUAUCCGUUACCCCAUUGACCUGGUUCAUCUAUGGCUCCAUGAGAGCUCCAGGGUCUACUCUGACAAACUGAUGGAAGAAAAGGAUGUGGAACUCUUCAAUAAAAUCCUGAUGGACACUGGCAAGAGAUAUUUUGAGGGAAUAGAUGAGUCCAUCUUUAUCCACCAGCCUUUGGUGUACUGUCACUUUGCCCAGGGAGUGGGAGAGCCUCGCUAUCACCAGGCUUCAGACUGGGAGAAACUCCAGAAGACACUGGCUGAUGCUCUGGAGCAUUAUAAUGAGCUGCACGCUGUCAUGGACCUGGUACUGUUUGAAGAAGCUAUCCAGCACGUGUGUCGUAUCAGUCGUAUCCUGGAGGCCCCGUACGGUAACGCACUGCUGGUGGGGGUUGGGGGCAGCGGGAAGCAGAGUCUGUGUCGGCUGGCUGCCUUCCUCAGCAUGCUGGAAGUUUUCCAGAUCACUCUGCGUAAAGGCUAUGGCAUCAAUGAUCUUAAGAGUGAUAUAGCAGCAUUGUAUAUAAAGGUGGGGGUGAAGAACAUUGGGACCGUGUUCCUUCAUACAGAUGCGCAAAUUCCAGAUGAACGCUUCCUGGUGCUCAUCAACGAUAUGCUGGCCUCAGGGGAUAUACCAGACUUAUUUGGUGAUGAAGAAGUGGAUAUUAUUGUGACAUCCAUCCGUAUGGAGCUCAGAGGACUAGGACUCAUAGAUACCAGAGACAACUGCUGGAACUUCUUUAUUGAGAGGAUACGAAGACAGCUCAAGGUUGUCUUGUGUUUCUCUCCGGUGGGAUUCACGUUGCGGACACGUGCACGAAAGUUUCCAGCACUGGUGAAUUGUACAGCAAUAGACUGGUUCCAUCCCUGGCCGCAGCUCGCCCUGCAGUCUGUCAGCUCUAGUUUCAUAGAGAAGAUACCUGGACUGGAGCAAAAUGUGAGGGCAUCUGUCAGUGGGUUCAUCUCUUACACCCACACUAGUGUCAAUGAGGUGAGUGUCAAGUACCAGCAGAAUGAGAAGCACUUUAACUACACCACCCCAAAGAGUUUCUUGGAGUUUAUGAAGCUGUAUGGCAAUCUGCUGGGGAAAAAACGCACAGAGCUGGCCCAGAAGAUGGAAAGAUUAGAGACUGGCCUACAGAAACUGCAGUCUACUGCCUCACAGGUGGAGAAUUUGAAAGCCAAGCUAGCAGUGCAGGAAGUGGAGCUGUGGCAGAAGAACACAGAUAUCGAAGCUCUCAUUGCUAAGAUAGGACAACAGACAGACAAGCUGAACCAAGAGAGGGCUGUGGCUGACGCUGAGGAGCAAAGGGUGGCAGCAAUUCAACUUAAUGUUACCAAACAGCAGCAGGAGACUGAGGAGGAUCUGGCCAAGGCUGAACCCGCCCUACAGGCAGCUAAUACAGCCCUUAAUACACUGAACAGGUUGAACCUGACAGAGCUGAGGACGUUCCCCAACCCUCCAGCUAUUGUCACCAAUGUCUCUGCAGCCGUUCUGGUGCUUCUGGCUCCCCAAGGCCGAAUCCCCAAAGAUCGCAGCUGGAAGGCGUCCAAGAUGGUUAUGAGCAAGGUGGAUGACUUCCUGCAGGCUCUUGUGAACUUCGACAAAGAGCACAUCCCCGAGGCCACAGUGAGGUGUGUCAGAGACGAGUACCUCAGUGACCCAGAGUUCAACCCUGAGUUUGUACGACAGAAGUCCUCAGCUGCUGCAGGGCUCUGUGCCUGGGUGAUCAACAUCAUACGCUUCCACGAGAUUUUUGUGUUCUGUGAGGUAGAGAUGAAGAGGAUGUGUUUGUCUCAGGCCAAUGCUGAUCUGGCCGAGGCUGCUGAGAAAUUAGAGGCCAUCAGAAAGAAACUUGCCGAGCUGGACAGUAGUCUGGAAACUCUGACAACAGCAUUUGAGAAAGCCACAUCAGAGAAACUACGCUUUCAGGAAGAAGUCAACCGUACCAACAAGACAAUAGAACUAGCCAAUCGGCUGGUCAAAGGGCUUGAGAGUGAGAACGUGCGUUGGGCCCACUCAGUGGCUCAGUACCAUGAACAGGAGGAAACACUCUGUGGGGACGUCCUCCUAACUGCAGCUUUCAUCUCUUAUGCCGGCUCUUUCUCCAAGAAGUACAGGAGAGAGCUGCUGGACAGACUCUGGAUGCCGUUUCUGCGCAGCCAGAAGAUUCCAAUCCCCAUGACAGAGAGCUUAGAUCCAGUGUCAAUGCUGACUGAUGACGCAAUGGUUGCUCAGUGGAACAAUGAAGGCUUGCCAGGAGACAAAAUGUCCACUCAGAAUGCGACCAUCCUCACUAACUGUGAGCGCUGGCCUCUCCUCAUUGACCCUCAGCUGCAGGGCAUCAAGUGGAUCAAGAGCCGCUAUGGCAGCCGCCUCAAGGUUGUCAGCCUAGGGCAGAGAGGUUAUGUAGAUGUGAUAGAACAGGCUGUAGUGGCGGGUGACACCGUCCUCAUUGAGAACCUUGAGGAGACCAUUGACCCUGUUCUCGACCCUCUGCUGGGACGGCACACAAUCAAGAAGGGCAGAUGUAUAAAGGUUGGGGACAAGGAGUGUUUCUUCCACCCAGGCUUCAGACUGAUCCUACACACUAAAUUGGCCAAUCCUCACUACAAGCCAGAGAUUCAAGCCCAAACCACCCUCAUUAAUUUUACCGUGACCAGAGAUGGACUGGAGGACCAGCUUCUGGCCCAGGUGGUGAAUCAGGAGAGACCUGACCUCGAGCACCUCAAGAGCGAACUGACCACACAGCAGAACAUGUUUAAGAUUGAGCUGAAGCAUCUGGAGGAUGAGCUGCUGACCAGGUUGUCUGCUGCAGAGAGUAACUUCCUGGGUGACAACAUGCUGGUGGAGAAGCUCGAGACAACCAAGCAAACUGCUGCUGAGAUUGAGAUGAAGGUCCUGGAAGCUAAAGUUAAUGAGGUGAAGAUAAAUGAAGCUAGAGAACACUAUCGUCCUGUUGCUGUCAGAGCAUCUCUUCUCUACUUUAUCAUGAACGAUCUCAACAAGAUAAACCCCAUGUACCAGUUCAGCCUCAAGGCCUUCAACGUGGUUUUCCACAAAGCGGUUGAAAUGGCAGAGGCCUGUGAGGACGUGAAGAGCAGAGUGAACACCCUUAUAGACUGUGUUACCUACUCCACCUUCAACUAUAUCAGCAGGGGACUAUUUGAGAGAGACAAGCUCACCUUUACUGCACAGCUUGCCUUCCAGUUGCUCCUGAUUAGUAAGGAGAUAGAUGUGCGAGAGCUAGACUUCUUACUACGUUUUAACAUUGACCACAACUAUAUCAGCCCCCUCGACUUUCUGUCUAACUCAGUGUGGAGCGCCAUCAAGGUAAUGAGUUUCACUGAUGAGUUUCGUGGUCUGGACCGGGACAUCGAAGGCUCUCCUAAGCGCUGGAAGAAGAUGGUGGAGUCAGAGUGUCCAGAGAAGGAGAAGUUUCCUCAGGAGUGGAAAGGGAAAAGCUCCCUGCAGAAACUCAUCAUGAUGAGAGCCCUGAGACCUGAUCGUAUGACCUAUGCUCUUAGGAACUUUGUGGAGGAGAAGCUUGGCGUUAAAUACACGGAGGGCCGGAAGACAGAGUUUGCAAAGUCCUUCAGAGAAAGUGGUCCGGCCUCACCUGUGUUCUUCAUCCUCUCUCCUGGAGUGGACCCACUUAAAGAUGUGGAAUCACUUGGAAGGAAGCUGGGUUUCACUAUCGACCUUGGGAGGCUUCACAACGUGUCCUUGGGUCAGGGCCAAGAAGCUGUGGCUGAGGUUGCUGUGGAGAAGGCUGCCAAGGAGGGCCACUGGGUUAUAUUGCAGAACAUCCACCUGGUUGGUCGCUGGCUGGGUUCGCUUGAGAAGCUCCUGGAGCGCUGCUGCGAAGACAGUCAUCCAGACUACAGAGUGUUUAUGAGCGCCGAGCCGGCACCAACACCUCAGGAACACAUUAUCCCACAGGGCAUUCUGGAGAACGCUAUCAAGAUCACCAAUGAACCUCCUACGGGCAUGCAUGCCAAUUUGCAUGCUGCUCUGGAUAACUUUGACCAGGACAUCCUGGACCAGUGCACCCGUGAGCAGGAGUUUAAGACCAUCCUCUUCUCUCUGUGUUACUUCCAUGCCUGUGUGGCGGAGAGGAGAAAGUUUGGUCCUCAGGGUUGGAACAGAAAGUAUCCCUUCAACACUGGAGACCUGACCAUAUCAGUAAACGUCCUCUACAACUACCUGGAGGCUAAUGCACAGGUGCCGUGGGAGGACCUGAGGUAUCUGUUCGGGGAGAUCAUGUAUGGAGGACACAUCACUGAUGACUGGGACAGACGUCUCUGCAGAACAUACCUGGAAGAAUACAUGCAGCCCAACCAGUUUGACCGGAAGCUUGCUUUGGCUCCUGGGUUUGUCGUCCCCUCCAAUCUGGACUAUAAGGGCUACCAUGAUUUCAUAGAUGAGAUGUUGCCACAUGAGAGCCCGGUGCAUUAUGGGUUGCACCCCAACGCAGAGAUUGAGUUCCUGACAGUGACAUCAGAUAACCUUUUUCACACCCUGCUGGAGCUGCAGUCUCCUGAUGCUGUGAUGGGGGAGGGAGCCUCACAGAUGCUGGAGGAGAAGGUGAAAACUAUUUUAGAUGAGGUGAUGGAAAAGCUACCAGAAGAGUACAAUAUGUCCGACAUCACCUCCAAGACAGCUGAGCGAUCCCCGUACAUCCUGGUUUGCUUCCAGGAGUGUGAGCGCAUGAACACACUCAUCUCUGAGAUACGACGCUCACUCAGGGAGCUUGACCUAGGACUCAAGGGUGAAUUGGCCAUCUCCCCUGAGAUGGAGAAGCUGCAGACGGCCUUGUUCUUUGACAAUGUCCCUGAUACCUGGACCAAGCUGGCUUACCCCUCCACCUACAGCCUGGCGAUAUGGUAUAAUGACGUGCUCCAGCGUUGUAAAGAGCUGGACAGCUGGACUCAGGACCUGUCUCUGCCCAGUGUCAUCUGGCUGUCUGGACUUUUUAACCCACAGUCCUUUCUCACUGGUAAACACACAUUUGUGCAUAUAGAUAAGAAGGUGAUGCAGUCUCUGGCGCGAAAGAACGACUGGCCCCUGGAUAAAGUGAACCUGACAGUGGAUGUGACCAAGAAGUUUAAGGAAGAGUUCAACCAGCCUGCCAGGGAGGGUGCAUACAUGUAUGGACUUUACAUGGAAGGUGCAAGGUGGGACAGUCAGGCUGGAGUGAUCACUGAGGCCCGUCUAAAGGAACUGACCCCUUCCAUGCCUGUCAUCUCAGUCCGAGCUGUGCCCAAUGACCGCCAGGAGACCAGGAAUAUCUAUGAGUGUCCGCUCUACAAGACCAAGAUCAGAGGACCCACAUAUGUGUGGACUUUCAGCCUCAAAACAAGGGAGCGGCCCGCUAAGUGGGUUCUGGCCGGAGUGGCUCUGCUGCUCAGUGUGUGAGAGGAGUUUUUUUUAUAGGGCAAAGUAGAUGUCUACCGUGUGUUUAAAAAGGGUGUUCCUCAGCUCUCUUUUUAUGUCCCUAUUGCACUUGCUUGUCAUCCAUAUUGUUAAUUUUAUAAAAUUUUACCUACAGUGCAAAUAAACAUUUUACUGGAGGAUGGAGGCUGUCUCAAGCAGAGCAAAGUCACAGGAAUGGAAUCAGAUUUUCUUU